CCGUCCUGCUGAUUAGACAUCGCUCUCUACCCCUUCAUCUCGACUUGUGCCACAUGCUAGCUGUCAUUAAUGAAGUACUCUAAUUGAAAAGCAACACCCCUCACAGCCUUGACAAUCACUGCCCAGCCUGCUUCCUCGACGGCACUCUCUCAGGUUGCCAGGAUGCUGCCCCACCUUAGCCGUGCUGUGUGUCGGCCCCUCCUGCAGGGACACUUCUUUUCUCUCCACCGCCGACAUUUGCAUGAUGGAGCAAGGAGAAUGGUAGUGAGUCCCCUGGUGAAGGAUGCUCUCUCCUCCUCCCACCCGGUAGUUGCCUUAGAGUCAACAAUCAUCACUCACGGCAUGCCUUACCCACACAAUCUGGAAACUGCCUUGGAAGUAGAAGAAGUUGUCAAACAAGAGGGGGCAGUGCCGGCCACCAUCGCUGUGCUGCAUGGCCAGGUCCACGUUGGCCUUUCAGAGGAGCAGCUCCGGGAUUUAGCCACCAAGAAAGACUGCAUUAAAACCUCUCGAAGGGAUUUCCCUUAUGUUCUAGCUAAGGGCCUGACUGGAGGAACGACUGUGUCCGGCACGAUGGUUGUGGCGCAUCGAGUGGGCAUUCCCAUCUUUGUGACGGGAGGCAUUGGUGGCGUGCACCGAGGGGCACAGACCACCAUGGACAUCUCUGCAGACCUCACCGAGCUGGGUCGCACGCCAGUCUGUGUGGUCUGUGCCGGUGUGAAGAGCAUCCUGGACGUGGGCAGGACGCUGGAGUAUUUAGAGACACAAGGUGUGUGUGUAUCUGUGUUGGGUCUAGAUGCAAGAUUUCCAGAUUUCUUCACUAGAAACAGUGGCUUUUUGGCCCCGUCUCAUGUGGAGUCCCCAGGUCUGGCUGCUCUGAUGGUGCAGAAGAGGGCUGAGCUCAGUCUGGACUCUGGCAUGCUGAUUGCUGUGCCUAUCCCAGAGGAGCACGAAGCAGAGGGCCACCUCAUCAAGGAAGCCAUAGAUCAGGCAGUGGAAGAGGCAGCAAGCAUAUCUGGCCGAGAUGUCACACCUUUCAUCCUCAGCAGAGUGUCGGAGAUCACUGCCGGCCAGAGUCUCAAGUCCAAUAUUGGUUUGAUCAAGAACAAUGCCAAGACUGGAUCUCAGAUAGCUGCAGAAUUUGCCCGCCUGACAUCACCAGCUAGCAGAUAUGUUCCUCCCAUCCAGGAAAGUAAUAGCAGCAGCCUGGAGACUGAAGACAGUGCAAGGCCUGUGGUGGUGGGCGGCAGCAUAGUGGACUUUGUGGUGACCGUCCUGGAGCCGCAGUUUGAGUUCACGGGGCGGACACACAGCGGAACUGUGACCCAGAGUUACGGAGGGGUAGGGCGAAACUUGGCCGAUGCCUUGGUCCGCCUCGGGUGUCAUCCCUUCCUUGUGUCAGCCGUGGGAAGUGACAGCCAUGCCAGCGCCCUCACAGCCCACAAUCCUAAACUGGGAAGAGAAGGUCUGAGGGUGGUGUCCAAGGAGUCCACCGCUGUGUAUUGUGUUUUGCUGGACCAGAAGGGUGAGGCGCUGAUGGGCGUGGGGGACAUGGCCAUGCACGAACAUAUCACCCCUUCUCAUAUCCAUCAGUUUGAAGAUGAGUUAAGGAGGGCGCCCCUGGUGCUGAUGGACGGCAAUUUGUCACAGCGCACCAUUAAUUAUACCCUUGACCUGUGCAGUGAGGCCGGCGUGCCUGUGUGGUACGAGCCCACCGACAUGCGGAAAGCUGUCAAGCCGUGGCUGGAGGGACGUGGUCACGCCGUCACCUUCGCCUCCCCAAACCUGCAUGAGCUGCGGGCCCUCUGCUCCUUACUCCAGCUCGGUGAGGUGGGAGAGGCGCCUACCACUAGCCAGGACGUGCCUCAUUUAGUACAGCACGUCCUUGGCAUCACCGCCCCGCUGCUGCAACACAUCCACGCCCUCAUGGUGACGAUGGGGCGCUUUGGCUUCAUGAUCCUGCGUCGAGCUCCUGUCGGCAGAGAAAAUGAUCCUUUGCUGCCAGUGCCGUCGAGGGGUGAGGUGGAAGGCGAGCCGGUAGCGCUGUACUUCUCUGCGGUGACCACAGAGCGCGUUGUCUCUGUGUCAGGGGCUGGAGACUGCCUGACCGCAGGAUUCGUGGCCAGCAUGAUGCGCAAAGAGAAGGUCGGGCGGUGCGGGGCGGCAGGACUGGCAGCAGCAAGCCUCUCCCUCGACGCCAUGCCCGCGGUGCCAGAGACUCUGAACCCCGGGGUGCUGGACGCCGACCACCACGUCUUCUCCCUCGUGCGCCUUUGAUGGCUGCAGUUGUCUAGAGAGUGCAAAUGAAGCAAUGCAGUGUUAAUGUCGCGCGUCUGGUGUAGGGAGAGAGAUAAUUGCCUGGCUUGUUUUGCCCAUUGUCUUUGUUCCUGCAUUAUCUUGUCGUGAGAGUUCCUUUACUGUUAUUUAGCUCAACGUAGUAUUCUUUUUAUUGCUUGUGAUGACAACCUAUAGACAUAUUUUUCUACGUCUCAGUCUGGGCGACGCUUUAGAUAUAUACAUUCCUUUCAGAGCCAUUUACUGGAUUCCAUGGUCUUGUUGUGUGUUGAUGCACGCCAGCAAACAAACAGUGCAGCGCUCAAUCAUGAAUGUAUUUUUGUAAAGUUUAUAUUAGUGGGCUGAGUAAAACCUUCGGGCUUGUAAUUAUGUA